AAGUAGCGGGACGGCUGCAAGAGCAGUCAUUGGGGUGCGUUGAUAGAGUGAGCUGGCAAUGGCAGCUGUCGAAGCACAUCGAGUUUUUGUCUAUGGAGGAAGGGGCGCUCUGGGCUCAAAAUGUGUCGAGUAUUUCAAGUCCAAAGGCUGGUGGGUAGCAUGUAUUGAUAUUGCAUCUAAUGAAAACGCAGACGCAAACGUGCUUGUCCAGCUGUCUGAUUCGUUUACUGAUCAAGCGGAGCAGGUGACAGCAGAUGUCUCCCGGUUGCUGGGAGAUGCAAAAGUAGAUGCUAUGCUUUGUGUGGCUGGGGGCUGGGCUGGUGGAAAUGCCAGCGAUAAAGCGCUGUACAAGAACACUGACCAAAUGUGGAAGCAGAGUGUCUGGACCUCGGUCAUUUCUGCUCACCUGGCCACCAAACACCUGAAGGAGGGGGGUCUUCUGACUUUGCCAGGCGCCAAAGCAUCCCUGGCUGGAACCCCUGGUAUGAUCGGGUAUGGCAUGGCUAAGGCUGCCGUUCACCAGCUGUGCCAGAGCCUGGCUGGAGACGAUGGUGGCAUGCCCCCACGUGCCACAGCAGUUGCCAUUCUACCCGUUACCUUGGACACGCCAAUGAACAGGAAAUGGAUGCCUGACGCAGACUUCGGGUCCUGGACGCCACUGGACUACGUGGCCGAAACCUUCUACAACUGGGCGACAGGUGUGGGACGCCCGGCGUCGGGUAGCUUGAUGCAGCUUGUGACCUCUGGUGGGAAAACCGUGGCCACGCCCAUAUUUCAGUGAAGAGGACAGUGCCAGGAGCAACCUGUAGGGGGCAGCACCCCCUACGGCUCCUUUAGCCCUCUGGCCCGGGUGUUGUAAAACCCACAGAAUCAAAUGAAGAAGAAAACCCGCUGUCACACCUUAUAAACGUACAAUGCAUUCCAGUUCAGUGGCCUUACUCUGUGUUUAUACCUAUGUGGGGAGUGUUAAUGUUUUAUAAUGUGAUGAAAAUUGACCUUGAGACACUGAGUCCAUUAAUAUUACACAUCUGUUCUUCGUCAGCCAGCGGUAUGAUUUAUUUGCCAGAAAACAUACUGCUAUGUUGUGUUUUUUAUUCAAUUCUGUGGUGUAUCAAAGCAGUAACCUGAAAUAAAAAAUUGAAAUUG